AUGAGCAGUAGUAGUUGCCAUGGCUAUAUGAUGGAUCACACCCAACUCCACUUCUCGUGCCUUCUUCCUCACUUUAUAAUCAAACCAUCACACCUUCUCUUCUUCCAUCCAACUUCUUCUUCAUUUCUUUCAUAAGAUGUCCCCUCCGCAACAAACCAAUCCUCCGACAGAACCCGUCUCUGCUUACGCUAAUCUUUCCGUUUCAUCGAUUAAUCCGAACCCGUCUUCCCAAAAUCAUCAAACUCCUGGUAAUCAAGAACAAACCAAAUCAAGAUUCUCCGUUUUACGUGAAUCUUCACGUCCUGUCACCCUCAAGUUUGAAGAUGUCGGAUACAGCAUCAACUUGUCCCAAAAAAGUAGCUUUUGCUCUUCAAAUGAGCCAAAAUCAAAAAGAAUUAUUCUCAACGGUGUCAGUGCAGUAGUCCGUCCCGGCGAGCUUUUAGCAAUGUUAGGCCCGUCAGGGAGCGGCAAGACGACUCUGUUAACCGCUCUCGCCGGCCGACUACCGGGAAAAGUUUCCGGCACUAUAAGAUACAAUAACCAACCGUUUUCUAGCUCCAUGAAGCGCAGAACCGGUUUUGUAGCCCAAGAUGACGUGUUAUAUCCACAUUUAACCGUUAUAGAAACUAUGACAUACGCUGCUCUUUUGAGACUGCCCAAUAAGCUGACGACCCGAGAAAAAGUGGAGCAGGCUGAGUUGGUUAUAAUGGAGCUCGGGUUAACCCGGUGUAGAAAUAGUAUCAUUGGUGGGGCUUUGCUUCGAGGUGUUUCGGGUGGGGAAAGAAAACGGGUCAGUAUUGGUCAAGAAUUGUUGGUUAACCCGAGUUUGUUGUUACUUGAUGAACCAACUUCGGGUCUUGAUUCUACGACGGCGCAGCGUAUUGUUGCCACCUUAAAAGGACUUGCUCGCGGUGGUAGAACGGUUGUAACCACCAUUCAUCAGCCUUCGAGUCGGCUUUAUAGAAUGUUUGAUAAGCUUGUGGUGUUGUCGGAUGGUUGCCCCAUUUACAGCGGAGAUGCGGGUCGGGUUAUGGAAUAUUUUGGGUCAAUUGGUUAUGAACCUGGCUUUAAUUUUGUCAAUCCCGCUGAUUUUCUGCUUGAUCUUGCUAAUGGUAUAGUUCCCGACUCAAAACAAGAUGCUCAGUUAGAGGUCCAUGUCAGAAUAGACCAGCAUGAGGAUCAAAAUUCAACAAAACAAUCUUUAAUUUCAGCUUACAAGAAGAAUUUAUAUCCUGCAUUGAAAGCUGACAAUCGUAGAAAUUUUCAGGACCUGGUUCCUUCUUCAUUAGCAGGAACUCAAUCACCAAGAAAUUCUGAGAACCAAUGGACGACGACGUGGUGGCAGCAAUUCAGGGUAUUGCUAAGGAGGGGAUUACAAGAAAGGAAGCAUGAAUCAUACUCAGGAUUAAGGAUUUUCCAAGUUAUGACAGUUGCUCUGCUUUCAGGACUCUUAUGGUGGCAUUCUGAUACUUCUCAUAUACAAGAUCAGGUGGGACUGCUCUUUUUCUUCUCCAUCUUCUGGGGAUUCUUCCCUCUAUUCAACUCCAUAUUCACCUUCCCUCAAGAACGUCCAAUGCUAAUAAAAGAACGUUCAUCCGGAGCAUAUCGUCUCUCAUCCUAUUACUUCGCCCGAAUGGCCGGCGACUUACCGAUGGAGCUCGUUCUCCCCACAAUUUUCGUCACCGUCGCCUACUGGAUGGGCGGACUCAAGCCAUCCCUAAUCACCUUCAUUCUAACACUCUUAAUCAUCCUCUUCAACGUGUUAGUCUCACAAGGCUUCGGACUAGCCCUCGGCGCCGUGUUAAUGGACGUCAAACAAGGCACCACGUUAGCCUCGGUGGCCAUGCUGGUGUUUCUGCUCGUCGGCGGUUACUAUAUUCAGCAGAUUCCGGGGUUCAUAGCGUGGCUGAAGUACGUGUCGUUUAGUCAUUACUGCUAUAAGCUACUGGUGGGUGUUCAGUACUCGGAGGCGGAGGUUUAUGACUGUGCGGCGGGGAUGCAUUGUAGGGUGAUGGAUUUUCCGGCGAUAAAGUACUUGGGAGUUGCUAAUAAGUGGUGGGACGUGGCUGCGCUGUCGGUUAUGUUGGUGGGUUAUAGGGUUUUGGCUUAUGUUGCUCUGAGAAUGGGACAACCUCACUGACUAUAAGAUUUAGUUUGAUGUUUGAUGUAGGAGUAAGAAAAUUGUUUUGUUAGGUUAAUUAUGUUUAACUUGGUUAAUUUUAGUGUGAAGCUUUAUAAGAAAAAUGUUGAUGUUUUAGUUUGAAGAAGUGUUAAUUAAGUGUAAAUUGGAUUCGGAUUGUCUGAAACCUUGUUACAGUUGUUGUAGUGGACAGUUAUGAUCCAUGUUUCUUCUAUAAAUUUAUAGUCAUAUAUUUUGAUA